AUGCCUCUUGCCGUAGUCAUGCCUCGUACUAUCACUCAACUCUCCCCUCGUGCCUCACGCAUCCCUCAGCCGCUCCGCCCUUUCUCCCUCACCCUCGCCGCGUUUCCCUCAGCCUCUCCGCCCUUUCCUUUCUCUCCAUCCCGCGACCCUCGCCGCGUCACCCGUCAGCAGCCAGCUCGUGCAGCCCUGCCCACCGCAUCCCGUCUUCCUUCCCCCCUCGUCCGCCUCUUCCCCCCUCGUCCGCCUCUUCCCCCUUCGUCCGCCUCUUCCCCCUUCGUCCGCCUCUUCCCCCCUCGUCCGCCUCUUCCCCCCUCGUCCGCCUCUUCCCCCCUCGUCCGCCUCUUCCCCCCUCGUCCGCCUCUUCCCCCCUCGUCCGCCUCUUCCCCCCUCGUCCGCCGCCUCUUCCCCCCUCGUCCGCCUCUUCCCCCCUCGUCCGCCGCCUCUUCCCCCCUCGUCCGCCUCUUCCCCCCUCGCCCCUUAACAGGCCAGCGACCCGGCGAGCGACCGGUUCAACAUGAGCAGGCAGCUAAAGCACCGCGAGCGAGCGGUGCACCAUCAGCAGCCAACUGGAGCACAUGCAGCCUUGCCCACUCGCAUUUUUCCUCCCCUUCCCCGUUCCCCCCCUCCUUUCCCCUUCCCCGUUCCCCCCCUCCUUUCCCCUUCUCCGUUGCCCCCCUCCUUUCCCCUUCUCCGUUCCCCCCCUCCUUUCCCCUUCUCCGUUCCCCCCCUCCUUUCCCCUUCUCCGUUGCCCCCCUCCUUUCCCCUUCUCCGUUCCCCCCCUCCUUUCCCCUUCUCCGUUCCCCCCCUCCUUUCCCCUUCCCCGUUCCCCCCCUCCUUUCCCCUUCCCCGUUCCCCCCCUCCUUUCCCCUUCCCCGUUCCCCCCCUCCUUUCCCCUUCUCCGUUCCCCCCCUCCUUUCCCCUUCUCCGUUCCCCCCCUCCUUUCCCCUUCUCCGUUCCCCCCCUCCUUUCCCCUUCUCCGUUCCCCCCCUCCUUUCCCCUUCACCGCGAGUGGGCAGUGAGCAUUCACAGGGACUGCUAUGCAUCCUAUGUGGGGCACAUAGCGGGCAGGGCACCAUGCCACCAGCUGCUAGCUGUGUGUUCCUCUCACGCCGCCUUGGCCUUCCUUUCCCCUUUCCCUAUCUCUUCCCUCUCUCCCCAUCCCCCCAGCUUUUUGGCACCAUGCCCCCUAUGCGGGCCACCACCCGCUGCUGGCGUUUCAUCCUCCCAACAAUCGACCCUUCAUCCUCCUUUCUCUCUCCCCUGUCCCCUCGUCAAUGCAGCGAGUGGGCAGUGAACAUCCACCGGUACAGCUAUGCUCCCUAUGUGGGCCACCACCAUCCGCUGUUGCCCAUCUUCGCCUCUCACUCUCUGCCUAUCCGCCCCUUCCCGUCGCCCUCCUCUCCCCCUCCCUUCCCAUCCCCUCUCCCUUUCCCUUUCCCUCCCAGCUCUCACCCCUGUGCAUGCAGCGAGGGGGCGGUGAACAGCAUCCACAGGGACAGAUGGGACAGCUAUGCCUCCUCUGUGGGCCACCCACCAUCCGCGGCGGGCCUUCUUCGCCUCUCCCUCUCACUGUUCCGCCCCCUCCCCUCCCCUCCCCUCGCCCUUCCCCACUCCCUCCCUUUUCUUCCCCUGCCAUGCAGCGAGUGGGCGGUGAACACAAUCCACAGGGACAGCGAUGCAUCCUAUGUGGGGCACCACAUCACCCGCUGCUGGCCGUCUUCGCCUCUCACUGUGCCUAUGUUUCCCCUCUCUCACUGUGCCGAUGUUUCCUCUCUCUCACUGUGCCGAUGUUUCCUCUCUCUCACUGUGCCGAUGUUUCCCCUCUCUCACUGUGCCGAUGUUUCCCCUCUCUCACUGUGCCGAUGUUUCCUCUCUCUCACUGUGCCGAUGUUUCCUCUCUCUCACUGUGCCUAUGUUUCCCCUCUCUCACUGUGCCGAUGUUUCCUCUCUCUCACUGUGCCGAUGUUUCCCCUCUCUCACUGUGCCGAUGUUUCCUCUCUCUCACUGUGCCGAUGUUUCCCCUCUCUCACUGUGCCGAUGUUUCCCCUCUCUCACUGUGCCGAUGUUUCCUCUCUCUCACUGUGCCGAUGUUUCCCCUCUCUCACUGUGCCGAUGUUUCCUCUCUCUCACUGUGCCGAUGUUUCCCCUCUCUCACUGAGCCGAUGUUUCCCCUCUCUCACUGUGCCGAUGUUUCCCCUCUCUCACUGUGCCUAUGUUUCCCCUCUCUCACUGUGCCGAUGUUUCCUCUCUCUCACUGUGCCGAUGUUUCCCCUCUCUCACUGUGCCGAUGUUUCCCCUCUCUCACUGUGCCGAUGUUUCCCCUCUCUCACUGUGCCUAUGUUUCCCCUCUCUCACUGUGCCUAUGUUUCCCCUCUCUCACUGUGCCGAUGUUUCCUCUCUCUCACUGUGCCGAUGUUUCCUCUCUCUCACUGUGCCGAUGUUUCCCCUCUCUCACUGUGCCGAUGUUUCCCCUCUCUCACUGUGCCUAUGUUUCCCCUCUCUCACUGUGCCGAUGUUUCCUCUCUCUCACUGUGCCGAUGUUUCCUCUCUCUCACUGUGCCGAUGUUUCCUCUCUCUCACUGUGCCUAUGUUUCCCCUCUCUCACUGUGCCGAUGUUUCCCCUCUCUCACUGUGCCGAUGUUUCCCCUCUCUCACUGUGCCUAUGUUUCCCCUCUCUCACUGUGCCGAUGUUUCCUCUCUCUCACUGUGCCGAUGUUUCCCCUCUCUCACUGUGCCGAUAUUUCCCCUCUCACUGUGCCGAUGUUUCCCCUCUCUCACUGUGCCGAUGUUUCCCCUCUCUCACUGUGCCUAUGUUUCCCCUCUCUCACUGUGCCGAUGUUUCCUCUCUCUCACUGUGCCGAUGUUUCCCCUCUCUCACUGUGCCGAUAUUUCCCCUCUCACUGUGCCUAUGUUUCCCCUCUCUCACUGUGCCGAUGUUUCCUCUCUCUCACUGUGCCGAUGUUUCCCCUCUCUCACUGUGCCUAUGUUUCCCCUCUCUCACUGUGCCGAUGUUUCCCCUCUCUCACUGUGCCUAUGUUUCCCCUCUCUCACUGUGCCGAUGUUUCCUCUCUCUCACUGUGCCGAUGUUUCCCCUCUCUCACUGUGCCUAUGUUUCCCCUCUCUCACUGUGCCGAUGUUUCCUCUCUCUCACUGUGCCGAUGUUUCCCCUCUCUCACUGUGCCGAUGUUUCCUCUCUCUCACUGUGCCGAUGUUUCCCCUCUCUCACUGUGCCGAUGUUUCCUCUCUCUCACUGUGCCGAUGUUUCCCCUCUCUCACUGUGCCGAUAUUUCCCCUCUCACUGUGCCGAUGUUUCCCCUCUCUCACUGUGCCGAUGUUUCCCCUCUCUCACUGUGCCGAUGUUUCCUCUCUCUCACUGUGCCUAUGUUUCCCCUCUCUCACUGUGCCUAUGUUUCCUCUCUCUCACUGUGCCUAUGUUUCCCCUCUCUCACUGUGCCGAUGUUUCCUCUCUCCCUCAACCCCUUCCCCCCUUCCCCCAGCGAGUGGGCGGUGAACAUCCACAGGGACAGCUACGCCUCCUACGUGGGGCACCACCCGCUGCUGGCCUUCUUUGCCGUGGCGGAGAAUGAGAGCAUCGGCCGCGAGCGAUACAACUUCAUGCAGCGCAUGCUGCUGCCAUGUGGGCUGCCGCCAGACCGUGACGAGGAGUGA